CAUGAGAACAGGAGAUUAAAAAGAUGCCAUCUCCACCUCGAAGCAGAAGUCGACUGAACCGUCACAUCAGAGAGACGCUCUCAUCAGGACUGCAGCAGGACUUUGUUCAGGACCAAAGGAAACAUAAUCGAGGAUAUGGAGGAAAUCACAGGAGAAGCUGACUAUGUGAAUGCACCAGAAGGCCCUGCGGAUAAAAAGGCACCGCGUCCAGACGACACCAAAAAAGGAUCUGCACCAGAAGGCACCGUGGAUACAAAGGCAUCCCCUCCAGGCUUGAGGUUUGUUCUUCCGAUAGCAGUGUGUUGGAUCAUACUGUUAGCCAUCAUGGGUCUCCGUAUCUACUUGAAAGAGUGUCGACCUUGUGAGAUGAACUGGAGAUACCGUGAGCCUAGCUGCUAUUCGUUCAAUGAUGUUGGGCCUACAGAGCGGUUAACCUGGGAAGAAGCUCGAGAAUACUGCAGAGCGCUUAAUGCAGAUCUGGCUGCAGCACAUAAUCUAACUGAAAAGAACAUCAUCAAUUAUUACAGUAUAUCAACUGAUGGAAGCUGGAUUGGCCUGAGAGUUAAAGACGGGAAAUGGAAGUGGGAAGAUGGAAGUGAUCUGACUAAUAGCUCCUGGGUAGACCCACCUACUGAGGGUCACUGUGCAAUCUCUGUCUUGCGCAUACAAACAUGGUUAUCAAUGAGCUGUGAUCAGAAACAACAAUGGAUCUGCCAGAAGAAAGCUCUAUCUGUUUAAACACUGCAG